CAAAAGAGGGACAGUCCCUCCGAAAAAGGGACAGUUGGGAGGUAUAGGUAAAUAAAGCAAUAAAUUGGACGAGCUCUGCUUUGGCCCCAGACUCUCCCAGACUCAGUUAUUAGUCUCUCACACUUCUGAGGGCUCAGUUGUUUCAUUACAGGGACACCCAGGUCACGUGCCAUAUAAUGUACAAAGAUACACAGGUGAGUCAUGUGGGACAAGAGGAAGCCCCUCCCACCACUGAUAUAAACAAAUAGUCCCGUUAGGAACCGUCAGUCUGAAACAAAACAGGGAAACAACCGCAGCACCGGCACUAACGGAACGUCCCAAGCGGCUCAGUGGAAACACGUGCGUUCCAGGCCUCUCUCUAGGAAAGACUUUCCAUCCCAUUCGAGACUUCCGGUUCAUUCAGAGAAACUGGUUGAUCAAGAAAGAGGCUUGGAACGCAGCAGUGAGUUUCCGCUUGCAGAUGCUGCUUCACUGGUCUUUCUGCAAAGGACCUAAUGUCAGCGGAACCGACCGACCCAGUGAUGGAGAAAAGGGAUAAACCUCAGCUGAGUGACAGAAUCCUGAGUCUCACACUGGAGAUUAUCUACAUACUCACUGGAGAGGGCUACAGUGUUACAAAGAAGUCAGGUGAUGACAUGCCCCUCCCACAGAGCUGCACUGACUGUAUGUUGGGAGGAGCCUGCAGGCACCAUGUGACCAGCCCAACGGUGCCCCCUCCCCCUGGCUCCGUCAUACAGAAGGAAAAUGCCAAGAAGAUCCUGGAACUGAUCUCCAACAUCAUCCAGCUGCUGACUGGAGAGGAGAGUGGGGAGCUUUACAGGGAAGGGAUAAAGGAGAAUUGGGAGCAGCUCAGCCCACUGGACCCAGAAGAGAAGUUCUCUAUUAAAUCAGAAACCGAUUCUUUUGCUGAAAAUAAACCAGACAAGACUGAGGCAGAAGAAGCAGAUUCAUGGGGAGCAGUAAACCCCCCAAACCCUGACAUUUCCCCAAAUGAUCCCCAAACACUGACCACAUUUGUCUCAUAUGGGACAUACAGGGAACCGGCUUCAUGGGAAGAAGACAACGACUCAGACAGCAGCAUUCACUCCUUCACAGAACACAUGCAGGGAUCCGAUCCCUAUACUGAUAUCAAGGGACCCAGACUACAUAAGAGCCUGGCAGCCAAUCACGGAUCGGAUUGUAGCAACGAGGAAGCAGCUUCAGGGGACAAGAGAGACAGUUUUGAUCCCAAAACAGAAGAGACACAGGGAUCAGCCACUCAGACUCAGGUCUGCAGCCUGAAUACAGGGUUGAUAUCCAAUGAAAUUAAAGAGGAAGCUGCUUCAUGGGGAGGAGAAUUAACCCUUCCCGCAGGAAGGAGAGCAUUUUCCUGUUCGGAAUGCGGCAAGUGCUUCGGUUUUCUGAGUCAGCUGAACAGACAUUUCAAGCGGCACACGGGGGAGAAACCGUUUUCCUGCUCUCUGUGUGGGAAAAGCUUCUCUCGGCAGAACAACCUUAAAACUCACUUUAUCACCCACACGGGGGAGAAGCCGUUCUCGUGCUCACAGUGCGGCAAGUGUUUCGCUCUUCAGAGCCACCUCAUCACCCAUUUCACCAUCCACACCGGCGAAAAACCCUUCUCCUGUUCUGAAUGCGGCAAAUGCUUCUCCCUUCAGAGCCACCUCAAAACCCACGUGAUCAUUCACACCGGAGAGAAACCCUUCUCCUGCUCCCAGUGCGGCAAAUGCUUUGGGCGACAGAGCAGCCUUAAACGACACUUUAAAGUCCACGUGGAUAAACCUCCUCUGCGCUGAUGUCAACUACCCCCGGCUGCUGGGACUCUUAGCUGAGCUGCCCAGUUGCUUGCGAUAUUUUACUCUUAUUGGAUUUCUUCACUUUUUACAGAAAAAUUCUUUUGUACGUGGGUCCAUGUGCUGCUCCAUUGUGUAACGUCCUCUUCAUUCUAAUCUGAUAUCGACCAGGGACAUAGAUUCCAUGUUCUGCCCUGUGUUACCAGAUGGACCAGCUUUCCCUUAACUUAGGUUAGUUGGGUAAAAAAGUGCACAUUUUAUCAUGAAUUUGAAUUUUGUGGCAUUUCAAGGGGGAUCGGUACUAAUGGGUUGGUAUUUAUUUAAAAAAAACAACAUUUUAGGCAAGGGGGGCUCUUUUAUUAAGGCCUUUAUAAAUAGACCUCAAAUUAUUAACACAUUCAAAGCAGCUGUUUUUGGUAUUUGGGAAAGUUUUUCUUUGGCAGAACAGAACGGCUCUAGGUACUGGUAUGGGAUCCAGAAUGCUCGGGACCUGGGGUUUUACAGAUAACAGAUCUUUCCAUAAUUUGGAU